AUGGUUAUUCUAACCAAGGAACAAAAACAAGAGGCUGCCAACACUGGACUUUGGCUUCCUCAACUCGAACGGGAUGCUUGUGGUGUCGGAUUUGUCUGCUCAAUCAAGGGAGUAACUUCCAGCAAGAUCAUGUCGGAUGCUCGCACCAUGCUUGAGAGAAUGGCUCAUCGCGGAGCCUGCGGGUGUGACAACGAUUCGGGUGAUGGUGCGGGAGUUCUUACCGCAAUCCCUGACGAUCUGUACAGAAAAUCAGUUAAGGAGCAAGACGGAUCGGAUCUCCCACCAUUCGGUCAAUACGCUACUGGAAUCUUGUUCCUUGAAGAGGAAUCGUAUAAGCAGGCAAAGGAAGCAUUCCAGGAUCUUGCAAGAGCCUGUGGACUACGGGUCAUUGCCUGGCGCAAGCUGGGAACUAACCGAGAGUGUAUCGGAGAGGAAGCAAGAAAGACGGAGCCUCUGAUUCGUCAGGUAUUCGUCAGUGCCGAGUAUGCUGAAAGUGAUCCAGCCAAGUUCGAGCGAAGCGUCUACUUGCUUCGUAAGCAGGCAGUCAGUAGCAUGACGAAACAAGAAGUUGAGUGCUACGUCUGCUCCCUCAGCACUUCCACCAUCGUCUACAAGGGACAGUUCAACACCCACCAACUCUUCAAGUACUACGAAGAUCUUACCAAUCCGGAGUACCAGACACACUUGGCAUUGGUCCACUCCCGUUUCUCCACCAACACCUUCCCCAGCUGGAACCGUGCCCAACCCAACAGAAUUUUGGCUCACAAUGGAGAAAUCAACACGCUUCGUGGAAACAUCAACCUGAUGCGUGCUCGUGAAGGAGUGAUGAAGAGUAAGCACUACCGUGAUGAUCUUCAGAAGUUGUUCCCAAUCGUUGAAGAGGGCCUCACCGACUCGGGAUGUCUCGACAACGUCAUGGAGUUCCUGGUUCAUGCCGGAGGAAGAUCCUUGCCGGAAGCGGCGAUGACCAUGGUGCCGGAGGCGUGGGAAAAAGACGACGAUAUGUCGACUGAGAAGAAACACUUCUACCGCUGGGCUGCAAUGAGCAUGGAGCCAUGGGAUGGACCGGCUCUCCUUGCAUUCUCCGACGGAAGAUACAUUGGAGCAAUCCUUGAUCGAAACGGACUCCGUCCGGCAAGAUACUACUUGACCGAGGACGACCAUCUCUACUUGAGUUCCGAAGUUGGAGUCAACGACAUCCCGAUUGAGUCUGUUGUGAAGAAGGUAUAA